AUGACGUCCAAGAUUGUCUCGACAUCAGUGGCGGUCGCGCUGGGGCCCACCGCUCCUUUUACAGUCAUCCACUUUCUCUACCUCGGCUACGGCAUUGUGUGCGUGGUUGUCACGAGCGCUCUGGCGGUCGUCAUGCUUACGGUCGCUGAUCCGUCACCGGAACGCCCGCUCGCCUACGCCUCGCACUCGUCGAUGGAUGGCGUCGACGACAAAGGCGCCGGCUCGGUGUGGCAGGCCUUUGGCCGUGGCGCGCGCAAUGCCUGGCGCAGCGCUUCAUCCGAGGUCGCCCGCGUUGGCUGGGCCUAUCAUGGCGUGCUGGUCCUCUCGGCGCUGUUCAAUGCCAUCGGCACUCUCACCCUCACUCUUGCUUUUGACGCCGAUCAGUCUGCCAAGGGCGCAGUGCUGGCGGUGGCCUCGGUGGCUGGUGUCCUCGUCUCGCUCCUUUCAUGGGCGUUCUUUGGCGAGAAGCUUCUUGCGCUCCAGUGGGUGUUCUUGGUCGUGGCCACCGCCGGCGUGGUCGUCAUCUCGCUCGACGCCGGACUCGGCGGCACCUUUACACCCAUCGCCUUUGCCUUUUGCACUCUCCUCAUGUUCUCGGGCGCGAACCUGGCCAUCGAAUUUGGUGCUGUCCGUCGCAACAUCAACUGGGCCCAUGCCAACGUGGUGUACGAGCUCACCCACGGCGUGCUUGGCGUCGUUGUCGUUGCCAUCCAAGCUGCGCGCGGCGCGGCGACCACCGACCUAACCGCCGCCCAGGUCGCCAUGGCCACCGCCGCUGGCGCUCUCCUCGCCUCAGGCGUCUUUCUCGUCAACGUUGGCAUCUCGGUCGGCCACGCUGGCAUCGUGACGGCCAUCGCCAACGGCUCCGCCGCCCUUACGGUCCUGCUCGACCUCACGGUCGGCAUCGAACCGUCGUGGCUCGAGCUGGUCGGCAUCGCCAUCACCCUCACCGGUGUGUGUGGCCUCUCGUGGGCGGCGUCGGGCAAGCGCGAGCCGUCCCGCGCCGCAUUCGACAUCACUUCAUGGUCGACAACCGAGUACGAGACCACCGACGACGGCUCGGCUCUCACGACAGACAGCUCAUGA